AUGGAUCGCACCAACUCUUACAAGAAAGAUUAUGAUACCCAGUCCAUUCGUUCAUUCAGAUCAUCGACCUCUGGAUCUGUCAGCGAGGCUGGCCGCACGGAGGCCAUGUCACUAGCCCGGCCCCGGACAGAUCAGGAGAUCGAAGAUCGAUUUGUUGACUUUAUGAACAACAUGGGUAUGCAUGAGCCUGAGCAGAGGAAGGCCAUGGUUGGAUUGACGGUCGACAACAAGUGGAAGUUGAUCUUCCAGCAUGAAUCCCAGGAACAAACAAAGGCCAAGAAGCGAGAGGAAGGGUAUGUGGACAAGUCCUCGUCCGAGUACUUUGUUCGCAAACUACAACUAGAUAGCGAUCUCAAGGUCACCGACUCCAAGUUCCUUCUGGCGCUCUUUGUUUCGUUGAAAUCACAGCCUAUCUCAUGGGUGCGCUCCUUUAUCCAGAGUCGCGGAAUGCUGGUUCUCUCCAGCGCUCUUUCGACACUCAACCAUCGUCCAUCAAGACGUGAUGCGGAUCUUUCGAUGGAACUAGAGAUUGUCAAGUGCUUGAAGACGCUACUCAACAACCGAUGGGGUGCUCAGGAAGCUAUCAAGCAUUCAACCUGCAUCACAUCACUCUGCUUCUCAAUAACAUCCCCACAUCUCCAAACCAGAAAGCUAGUCGUUGAGGUGUUGACGUUCCUGUCGUACUGUGAGGUGCCCAUGGGUCACAAGCUGGUUCUGGAAGGACUGGACCAAGUGAUGGAGUACUGGAAGGAGAGUGCUCGAUUUGAUGCCUGGAUGCGCAUUCUCGAGAACACUAUUGAUGGACGUGGUCGGUUUGGUACCAUGGUCGGAAUGAGUGAGGAUUUGAAGAAGGCUGGUACUCAGGAUGGACAACUCAUCGAAUACGUGCUGUCGAACGUCGUGUUUAUCAAUGCGCUUCUCCAAGUCGUCGAUGAGAUCGAGUUUCGUGUACAUCUUCGAAGUCAACUCACGACUAGUGGGCUGACCCGCAUCAUCUCAAAAAUGAGGGAUCUGAAGUACGAUUUGAUCGAUAGACAACUCAACAUCUAUGAAGACGAGGCCGAGAAUGACUAUGAAGACAUGAUCGAGUUUUACAACCACCAAAUCCUGCACGACAUGUCAGAUCCAUACGAUGUCUUCCAUGCCUUGCUUCGUUCCGUCGAGAGCAGCAGGGCGUACGACUUUUUCUUGUCGUUGCUACAACAUAUGCUUCUGAUUCGGGAGGAGGGCGAUCUCAGGAUUCGAUACUUUCAGUUGAUGGACGCGAUUGUGACGCAAGUGGUCCUCGACAGGCGGGGCAUCACUGAUAAUUUCGACCAAAAGCUGGGUAUCUCGGUCAAUCAGCUGGUUGGUAAACUAGUGGAUCAAGACCGACUCACGCAGGCAAUUGAAGACUCCAAGCAGGCGAGACAAGAACUAGAGCUUGUUAUUCGACAGAAGAAUGAGCUUGAGCUCGAGGUCGGCCAAAAAGAUGAUGGUAUGGUCUCGCAGCUGAAGGCAAACAUUUACUCGCUCGAGGAUCUCCUACGCCUAUCGCGUCACACAAUCCAGACAUUACAGGCCAAGCUAUACGACGUCGAGGCGCAGAUGCAGAACAAGCUGGCGAUUCAGGACGCACAGCUCAAACACUUGCUCAAAUCACUUCAGGACGCCAAUGGACUUAUGGCCGAUGCUGGAAUGCCUGCAAGUGGUCCUGGGUCUGGCAAGGGCAAUCAACACCAGAUCGUCGGCCCCGAUGGCUACCCUAUGAUCGACAAGGUGAAAUUGCGUCAGUUGAUCGAACAGACCAAGUUGGAGGGCACUAUCCUGCAGGAUCGCUACGGAAACCAUUUGCCCCAUUCGAUUGCCCUCCCAGAUCCGAACUUUACUAAGGAUCUUGAAAAGGUCAAUGGAUACCAGUAUACUGGACCUGCGACGUUAUCACCAGAGCUGUUGGCCAGUAUCGCUGCAGCAGGAGGGCAAGCCAACGGCAAUGGCAAAGGAGGAUUUUUCUCCAAGAACGGCAAAGGAUCUGGUGGUAAUGGAAGUAGUGGCGGUGGAGAUCGCGCUGGUCCUGGAGGUAUGGUAACAUCAUCUGGCGGUCCACCUCCGCCUCCACCCCCAUCUAUGCCAGGCAUUCCGGCCCCACCACCACCACCGCCAGCAAUGGCCGGUCCAGGACCUGGAGGACUGGGUGGCCUACUUAAUAGCAUGAAGAAGGGAGGUCUCAAACCCCCUGGCGGGGGCGACGAUUCCGACUCGGAGGAUUUGCCAGCAGGAAGCAUGGCCGCAAUGUUGGCAGCCAAGAAGAAACUGCUCGGAUCUGGAGAGCCGUCGUCGCCCAAGGCUGCGGGCAGUGGGGCUCCACCGCCACCCAAGGCGGGCGGACCUCCUCCUCCGCCGCCGCCACCAGGAAUGGGCGGUCCUCCACCCCCUCCUCCUCCACCUGGCAUGGGAGGACCACCUCCACCCCCAGGAGCUCCUAUGCCACCAGGCAUGGGUAUGAACAUGAACAUGAAGAAAGAGGGUGCAGUGGCUGCGAUCAAGCUGAAGGCAUUGCAGUGGGACAAGAUCAACUAUAUGGCUGUCGGCAACACAGUUUGGGGUUCUGGUGGAGUGGAUGAAAACGCGCUCCAGAAGGCUCUUGGCGACAGUGGAAUCUUUGGUACCAUGGAACAGCUCUUCGUGGCUAAGGUGACAGAAUACAAAGAACCUCGCGCAUCCAAGAAGGCGUUGGAGAUCUUGAUCCUAGACCAACGUCGCGCCUACCAGAUCAACAUUAUGUUGGGAGGUAUGAAACACACCUACCCUGAGAUCCGACAAGCGAUUCUCCGUAUGGACGAAGAGUUCAUGACCUUGGUGCAGCUCAGCAAUCUGUUGAAGUUUGUUCCUGACGCCGAAGAGACAGGAAAGCUGCUGGAGUACAAGGACGCGCCUGAGGAUGUCAAGUUGACGUUGGGUCGACCAGAAGCCUUCUUUGUUGAGAUGCUUAAGGUUGAACGGUAUCAGCCGAGGCUGGAGGGGCUUAAGUUUAAGGUCACCUUCCAAGGCCUUCUCGAGGGAGUCAACGAGGGUAUUUCAUCGAUCACGGAGGCAUCCAAGGGUCUGAAGAACGCCAAGCACUUCAAGGAGUUGCUGAACCUGAUCUUGAUGCUCGGAAAUUACAUGAACGGUGCCAGUCAUAAUGGAGGAGCCUUUGGAUUCAAAAUUGCCAGUAUCAACAAGCUGGUGGAUACCAAAGCGUCAAAUGCACCCAACAUGACUCUCUUGCACUUCUUGACCAACAUUACAGAAUCGACUCUGCCACACGUUCUCAGUUAUCAGGAAGAGAUCUCAGCUUGCGGAUCUGCCUGCCGAGUAUCACUGCCCGACUUGCAGACAGAUUUCAACUACCUCAAGACAAAAAUCAAAGAGAUCAAGACCGAGCUCCACACACACUACAUCAACGGCUUCAAAUCCUGCCCGGAAGACCGCUUCUACGAAGUUAUGCAACCCUUCAUGGCCUCUGCCGAGCAUGCUUUCGCAAAAGCCGAGGCCGCCAUGCUCGAAAUGGAUACCCUCUACAAGGAGGUGGUCAAGUUCUAUGGUGAGGAUUCGGUGGCCAUGAAACCAGAAGAGUUCUUUGGAAUCUUCAAGACCUUCUCAGCGUCGUUUGAGAAGGCGAGGGAAGAUAAUAAGAAGCAGAAGGAUAAGGAGGCGCAGAGAGAGAAGGCGAAGACUGCGGCCAAGGCUCGUCAGGAGCAGAUGACCGCCAAGAAGAACCGGAUUAAUGUCCAAAGCGGAGGCUCAAAUGAUGCAGAGGGCAGAGGAGACGACAAGGGCAUGAUGGACAACUUGCUGGAGACUCUGCGGAAUGGAGGCGACAACGACGCGUCGAGACGAGACCGCCGCCGCAAGAACCGCGUCGAUCAUACCCCUGCCAAUGUCGCCGUCAAGGCCCAAGACUUGUUGACCUCUUUGAGCGAAGACCGACAGCACAUCCCACUUCUACACGAAUAG